UUUGUCGAAGAUUCACAGUGUAGUAAUACAGCAGCGCCUAUUACAAAUAAGUUGACCCAUUUGGAAAUUCAGGAAGGUUUUCUCUACUGAAUACCAACUUUCCGAACUUCUUCCACUCUAUGACAGUUGAUAGUCUAGAGUGCAGCAUAUGCUUGCAAAACCUUGUUCAUCCUGCUCAAUUACCAUGUGGUCAUAUAUUUUGCUUUUUGUGCAUUAAAGGUUGUGCCUUUCACAGGCGAAAAUGUCCUAUGUGCCGCAGUAGAUUCUCGUCGCGUUUUUUCGAUGAUCCCAAGUUAAUAAAUGUUUGCGAUCUACGUGAAAAUGAUCAAGAAAAAUUAAGUCACAUUGUUGACUUAUGUGAACGCUUGUCAACUUUACCUCAAUCAGUCAAUGAUUCAUACUCUAAUGAAUUACCAAGUUAUUCUUGGUUCUAUGAAGGUUUCCAAGGUUGGUGGCAAUACGAUGAACGUACUUGUAAUGAGUUGGAGAAUGCAUUUAAUAGGCAAUUAUCGUCAUAUGAAUUGACUAUUGCAGGUUAUGUAUACAGUAUAGAUUUGAAAAAUAUGACUCAGAUCCGGAAAGAUCGUUCUGGUCGUUUGCGUCGAAUUAAACGGGACUUGCUAACUUGUGAAAAGAAGGGUGUAGCUGGAAUAAAAAUGUCCUCAAUUCAAUCAUCUAGCAAUAGUACAACAUCAGUGUGUAAACAGUUAGAAAUUGAGGAAGCGACUCAUUCCAACUCUAAUGGAGUUAAUGGGGGUCCAAUGAAUAAUCCGUCUUCCAACUUACCGUGUUCAAAAUCCUCCAACAAUGGCUGUUUAGAAAGUGAUAGAUCAGAAGCUAAGCAGAUAGUAAGUGCAAGCCGAUCAAGUACACCGUAUUUAUCUGGAGAUGAAUGUGUUUCCAACUACUCACUAAAUUCUUCUGGAUCUCGUAAUCAACGUAAUCCAAGUCCUUCUACGUCAGGAGAAUCAUUGCGCCAUCACAAUCGUAAACGUUCUUAACUAUUGUCAUACUUCAGGCUCCUUUCAUAAUACUCUAAUUACUUACUUGGAAUAUAUAUAUAUAUAUAUAUAU